CGUCAUCCGGGCAACUACUUUGGUUUGCCCGCUGUCCGUCCCCGGUUUCGAUUUUCAGUUGGGUUAUUGGGCUAUUGAAGUAAAGGUUUUUUUUUCUCUUUUGCUGAGCGUUAUACUUACCGAUAUUUGGUUACGCAUUGAAGAGUUGUUGCGGAGUGUUUGCGGAAAAGCUUCGAAGAAAUUUUAUGUGCCAUACAUAAUUGAUUCAGUCAUAACUAGCCGGUGUUUCGUGAGUGCGAUAAGUGAAAGGAAGAGAACCCAUGCAUAGUGUCGAUAGUGAGAAAUUUCCUAGAUGGCGGUAACUUUUGAUGCCCCUAACAUGUUGAUACUAGUGAUGCAAAUUCUUGCGCUCCAAUCUGUGACCUCUUUUGCUUACCCUGAUCCCGAACCGGAACCAGAUCCAGCAAGAGUGCUCGGAAAAUAUGUUUUCUCUUAUCAACCAAGUGGUCAGGAUUCAGAACAGCAAUUCUCGCGAAAGCCUUUGGAUCUGACCAGAAUACUGGAAAGUCUCAACCUUGAGCCGCAGGAGUCGAUCAGCCACAACAUUUACGAGCAACCUGGCUCCGGAUCGACUUCACCUGGGUACAUGACUUCGUACAGCACGGCAACCAGACAUUUCCAGCCAAUCAAGACUUUUGACAUAACCGGAAAUGGCGAGGACAGUGAGGAGAAGAACAAUUACGUUAGCAGUACAGUGUUCUAUGACAAGCACAAGAAAAAGAAGCAAUCUCUUCCGCUGUUGCAAUCCUACAGCAUCAUUCACUCGCCCAAGGACUCGGGUUCAGUGACCAGACCACUCGGCGAUAGCGACGAAGAGCAAGAAGAACAGGCCGACGUGUUCCGGCCGAUAAUCAAAACGAUCCACACCAAGGCCAAAUCGAUUCCGAUCGCGCAGCACAUCGAGGUCGAGAAACCCGUUCCGGUUCCGAUGGUGAAGAAAAUUCACGUUCCGAUCCCGAAGGGUGUCAAGGUUCACAUUCCGCAUCCGGUGCUAGUGCCGGUGCCGCAACCCUAUCCAGUGCACGUUCCGGUUUCGCAACCAGUGGCGGUACCGGUAAUCAAGGAAAUUACCAUCCCGAUCGAAAAGAUCGUACCGUAUCCGGUGGAGAAGAAGGUUCCGGUCCCGAUCGAGAAACCGGUCCCGUACCCGGUCGAGAAGCACGUUCCGGUUCACAUCCCGCAGCCGUACCCGGUGAAGGUUCCGGUCAUCAAGACCAUCUACCACAAGCAGAAGGCCCCGAGGACGGUUGGAGUCGGAAGUGUCACCUUCCGGUAGGGACAGGACGAUGUGGGAAAAUCAGACGGCCGAUGAAGAAACCGAAACAUGGAACAGACUCAUGCUUGGAGUUGUUGUUACGCUCGUUGACUCCCUUUUAACUAUGUUAGUAGUGUUACGAGGUUUUGAAAGCCGCCGCGCCGUAAGUAAGUUUGUUGCUAGGUUUGUAUACCAUGAGAAGUUUGGAACGAAAUAAACGAAAUGU